AUGGUCACUGAUGCAGAAGGUCGCAUUCUGUUGGUUCGUGAACACCGUCGCGAACUAUUCUGGAAGUUUCCCGGCGGUCCAGGCAAAGCUAAUGAGAAUUUGCUUGAAUUUGCUGCAAGAAAGGUGCUUGAAGAAGCCGGAGUUUUUGCUAGGGGCGAGACCGUCAUUGCACUCAAGUUAGUUUCCUUUUCUGAUUAUUUCUGA